AAAAGGAGUGACCAUCUCCACCUUUAAACACACCACUCUCACUUCAAACAAUGGCUACUUCUUCGAUUUUUAUUCACUUCGCAGUGCUUUACUCCCUCGUCUUCAUAUCAUCAGCCCAGACACCUAUUCGGCCCACGGGACUCCUCCUUCCGGUCACCACUGAUCGAUCAACUCUCCAGUACACCACACAGAUCCAGCAAAGAACACCUCUUGUUCCAGUCAAACUAACCGUUGACCUCGGUGCUCCGUUUCUCUGGGUUGACUGUGAUAAGAGCUACACCACCUCAUCCUACAAGCCCGCUCGUUGCAACUCGGCCCAAUGCUCACUCGCCAAGUCCACCAGCUGCAUGACGGAGUGUUACUCCCCGGCUAAGCCGGGCUGCACGAACAACACGUGCACUCUCUUCCCCGAAAACACCAUCACUUCUAGCGGCACGAGCGGGGCCCUCGGCUCCGAUGUUGUCGCCGUCCCAUCCGCCAAUGGUGCGAGUGUUUCCGUUUCUCAGUUUCUAUUCGUUUGCGGCUCAACGGAUAUGCUAAACAAGCUUUCGAGUGGCGUAACCGGAAUGGCAGGACUUGGAGCGACGAAAGUAUCGCUUCCGCCACAGUUUGUAUCUGCAUUUACCUUGAAAAAUAAAUUCGGAGUCUGCUUGAGCUCAACUUCAUCGAACGGAGCUAUAUUUUUCGGAUCGUUUGAUACUUCAACAUCACCUCUUACUAAAACUCCAAUUCUUGUCAAUCCGGUCAGUACUGCAGGCAUUUCAACCGAAGGCGAAGCCUCGUCAGACUACUUCAUUGGAGUCAAAUCCAUCAACAUCAACGAAAAGCCUAUCAAAAUCAAGGCAAGUCUGCUGGAAAUCAAUGCGACUGACGGUUAUGGUGGGACCAAGAUCAGCACCGUGCAGCCCUACACCGUCUUAGAAAGAUCAAUCUACAAGGCCGUAGUGAAUGCAUUCGUCAAAGAACUGAACGUGUCAACAGUUGCCUCCGUGGCACCAUUCGGAACAUGUUUCAGGUCCAAGGACAUUGGAACCUUAUACACGGGUCCUGACGUGCCUAAGAUUGAUCUGGUGAUGCAGAACAAGGAUGUGUACUGGAGAAUAUUUGGUGGAAACUCGAUGGUGAGUGUUAGCAAUGAUGUGAUGUGUUUAGGGUUUGUUGAUGGAGGAAAGAACUCUAGAACUUCUAUUGUGAUCGGAGGGCGCCAAGUGGAGGAGAACUUGUUGGAGUUUGAUGUGGCUUCGUCUACAUUAGGGUUUAGCCCGCUCUUGUUUCGUAAACAGAUCUGUGCUAACUACAAUUUUGUGGUUACUGCUAGUGCUUGAGAUUUGUGUUUCUCAACGCGAGAGCUGUUUGGACUCGUCCGCAAUGAGAUGAUAAAGUUGUUUUCUGCAUUUGUUUAAAUAACUUUGAUUCCCAUGAAAUAAGUGGCUUUUUUACCUGAUCAGAUGUGUAUGUGAUUUUUAAUUCGGAUCAGAUGUUCAUUGUGCA